AUGGCCUCCCCAACCCCAUUCGGCGCCCCCAUGAAAGCGCACUUCCUCAUCGACCCCAACUACCGCAACCUCAACCACGGCUCCUUCGGCACAUACCCCAUCCAAAUCCUGCAGAAGCAACAAGCUCUCCAGAAAUCCCUCGAGUCCAGCCCGGACAUUUUCAUCCGGUACACACAGCCAGCCCUCAUCGACGCCUCGCGCGCCGCCCUAGCCCCGCUGCUAAACGUCCCCGUCUCGGACCUCGUCCUCGUGAAGAACGCAACCACAGGCGUCAACACCGUCCUGCAUAACCUCGCCAUAACGCGCACGCUGGGUCCAAAUGACGUCAUUAUCUACUUCGAUACUGUCUACGGGGCCGUCGAACGCGCCCUCUUCGCACUGAAGGAAUCGUGGGGCGUGCAGUUGAGGAAGGUCAAGUAUGUUUUCCCGUUGGAGAAGGGGGAGUUGGUGCGGAGGUUUAAGGAGGUGCUGGCGGGUGUGAGGGGGCAAGGGUUGACGCCCAAGCUUGCGGUCUUCGAGACCGUUGUUUCGAAUCCCGGGAUAAGGUUCCCAUUUGAAGAGCUGGCGGGUGUUUGUAAGGAGGAGGGCGUGCUGAGUCUUGUUGAUGGGGCGCAUGGGGUCGGCAUGAUCAAGUUGGAUUUGGCGCGGCUUGGGGUCGACUUCUUCACGAGUAAUUGUCAUAAAUGGCUCUACACCCCGCGCUCCUGCGCCGUCUUGUACGUCCCGGAGCGCAACCAGAAGUUCAUCCGGACGAGUCUGCCGACUUCAUGGGGGUAUGUUCCUCCUGCUGCGCAAGCUUCCAAUUCCGCAGCUGCAGCUGCAGCUGCAGCCGGUGCAGACGAGGAAGACGACCUCCCUCCACCAACUCUCCCAAACACGGGCAAAUCGCCCUUCGUCACGCUCUUCGAGUUCACGGGGACAACGGACGACAGCGCAUACGCGUGCGUCCCCGCGGCCCUGGAGUUCCGGGAGCGAAUCUGUGGCAGCGAGGAGCGCAUCUAUUCUUAUCUGGAGGAACUUGCUGGUGAGGCUGGUGCUGUGCUUGCCUCUGCUUUGGGCACGGAUGUUAUGAGGGCUGAGAGGGGGGAGACGGGGGGGUUGGGGUGUUCGAUGGUCAAUGUGCGCUUGCCUGUACGCAUCACCAACCGAGAUCAGGGCUCGGGGCUCGGGGAGAAUGUGGGAGUGGUUGAUGUACGCCCGGAUGACGUGAGUCCCCUGGCACACUGGCUGCAUGAGCAGUUGAUAGCUCGGGGGACGUUUGUGCCUUGCUACCCACAUGGCGAGUGGAUGUUUGUGAGACUCAGUGCGCAGAUCUAUCUGGAAAAGAAGGAUUUUGUUUGGCUGGGUGGCGUCUUCAAGGAGGUUUUGGAGGGCGUGCCGGGAUUUCUUGAGGGGAUCAAGAGGGAGAUCAAGGCUAAUCUGUAG